AUGGCGGCAGAGGCAGACGACGUUUUUGACGAGGACAUGUUUGUAGAAGUUGUCUCCCUUGGGGCUAAUGGCCAUUCUCCGUGGGACGAAGAAGAAGAAGAGGAAGUUGCGGCACUUGUGCUGCUUGACGCAUUUGACGAAGGGGAAGAUGAUGACGAAGGAAGAAAAAGCCGAACGAUUCCGAAGGUCGCCCACUAUGCCGAAGAAACAGUGCAAGCCAUGAGGGAAGACACCUUCAAGUCGCACUUUCGACUCCACAGGUCAACUGUAGAGAAGAUGGCAACGCUGUUGGCCCCAGCAUUAGAAUCUGCAACUAUUCACCCCGGACGGCCCACGAUUCCCGCCAUGAAGCAGCGUCUUGUUGUUAUCUGGUCGCUGGCGAAUUUGGAAUCCUUUAGUCAAGUGAGUGUUGGGGACCGCUUCGGUGUGGCAAAGUCUACGGUCUUCCAUUGCGUUCGGAGGGUUGGUUCGGCUCUCUUGGACAUGGCACGUCUCUUCGUUGCCUGGCCGAGCAACUGUCACGAUGCGUUACCCAUCAUACUUGGCUUCCAGGGUAAAUCUCGGUUUCCUAAGGUCCUGGGAGCAAUUGACGGGUCGCAUAUAGAAAUUACUGCACCUAAGGAGAACGCUUCCUCGUACGUCAACAGGAAGGGUUUUCACUCUGUGGUGCUACAGGCAGUUUGUGAUCAUGAGAUGCGGUUCCUGCACUGUUCAGUUGAUCACUUCCCACUGGACAGUUAUCUAGUGGGAGAUGCUGCCUAUCCCAUUGGCCCACAUCUCUUGACGCCACACAGAGACGAUGGUCACUUGACAGUCAAGGAAAGGAGGUACAAUGUGCAUCUUUCUAGGGCAAGGGUAACUAUCGAGAGGGCAUUCGGACUGCUGAAGGGUCGGUUCCGAAGGCUCUUUCGUGUGGAAACCCGACGACCAGACAUAAUUGUCACCAUCAUCAUUGUGGCAUGUAUUUUUCAUAAUGCUUGCCUGAUGUGGGGUGAUACAUUUGAGGAGCCACCAGUUGCUGACAGGCAGGAUGAGACGAGUGUCCCAGAGGACGAAACCCCUGCCGACGUAAGGAGGAUUGGCAUCCAGAAACGCGAGGAUAUUGCAAAUUCCUUGUAA